CCGAGUCCAGGCGCGCGAGACAUGUUCACGUUGACGUGACUGAAAUUCAGAUGAUCGCGCGAUGAUCGUCACGUGGAGGUUCCUGUCCAUCUUGAGUCUGUUCAGUUACACAGCAUCCGAGUGCUCAUCGACUUCCUACUACAGGAACUGCUGGAUCCGGCGCUUCCCGGGGCUGCACGUGGACGCGGAGGAGUCUCAGCGCAGAGGCGCGCAGCUGCUGCAGCUGUACCGCGGGGAGAGCGCGCAGAACUGCAGCCGAGCCUGCUGCCUCACCUCCAACUUCUCCUGUAACGUGGCUGUGUUUCAUUACAACACCACUCAGGACAGUGUCAAUUGCUUUCACCUCCACUGCCCAACACUACAAAGCUGUAUACUCCAUCAAAGGGCUAAUGUCAUCCUCUAUAAUGUUACCAAAGGCAUGGACCCUGACCUGUUGAUAUUUGGGAAAUUCUUCUCCUCUAAUGUCCAGGUGCUACCUGAGCUGGUCUCUCUUAACACCUCUGACUUGUCUGGAACAGACAAGCGUCAGUUCAACCGGCCUUACAUGGAGCCCAGCAGCUCAGACCAUCCUACUAUUCUUCCCACUAGCCCCAAAGCAUCUACCAGUGCACCAACAUCCAGCUUUCCCAUCUCUACUACUCCCCCUGUCUCUGUUUAUUCCACCCGAGAUAACCAAGACACACUUCCUGCUUCAGCAAUACAAAGAUCCACAACCCUGAAGCGGUCAUCUCUACUCAUUUCUACUCAUAUUAUUACCAAUCCUUCAACAGACCCUACCAUCAUUUCAACUACAAAGGCAUCCCCAGCUCCAAGAAGUACCUUGCAACCCUCAUUCAGCUUUAGUAACAGGCAAACAAGCUCAAUGCCUGAACCUGCACAUACUUCCAGUACCACCAUAACACCUUCACAACUAUCCAGUCAGCUCACAUCAAGCUCAACAUCCUCUUCCCAAGUUGCUCUCCUUGAAACCACAACAGCAUAUACUAUCAGCCAAACCACAUCCACAGAGUUCAAAACCUUGCCGUAUUUAGUCAUUAGUACAAACUUCAGUAGUGGUCGUACCACAACAACUACACCUGUCCCUUUCUCGGGUACUCCGCAAUGUAGCACGGGAGUGACUACAACCACGCCUGUCCCCAUCAGAAGUACUCCAGAAAGUAGUACAGUAGAGACUACAACCAUGCCUGUGCCCCUCACAACUACUCCACAAAGUAGUGCUGGAGAGAUUACAAUCUUGUCUGUGCCUCUCUCAGGUACUCUGCAAAGUAGUACAGGAAAGACUAAAACCUUGCUUGCCCCUCUCUCAAGUGCUCCACAAAGCAUUACAGAAGAGACUACAGCCACACCUAUCCCUCUCUCAAGCAUUUCACAAAGUAGUAUAGGAAAGACUACAACCACUCCUGGCCCUCUCUCAGGUACUCUGCAAAGUAGGACAAGAAAGACUACGACCAUGCCUGUCCAUUUGUCAAGUACUCUGAAAAGUAGUACAGGAGAGACUACCACCAUGCCUGACCCUCUGUCAAGUAUUCUGCAAAGUAGCAAAGGAGAAACUACAGCCCAUACUACACUUGCUAUGGCCCAGCUCAGCUCUGCAAAUACAUACUUAGCUUCAACUCCACUUACUCCAGUCAAAACCAUGACUGGGCAUGUAACUACAACUACAGGACCACAAGUAAUGACUAAUAGCUUCACAACCACCUCUUGCCCCUAUAAUCAGCCCAUAAAUACCCAAUCAACAGCAUCUCCUCUCAUGGAAAAAAUUACCACUCCAGCCUCGGCAGGUGGCCUUUCUCAAGGGUAUACCGACAUCAACUUGGCUACCACUGAUGUUUCUGUGACCACCAUCAGACCAACAACCUUAAAUAGAAUUCACUUGUCUGCAGCAGCUUCAGAAACCAACUCUGGCCUAAACACCUCACCAACACCCCCUCCCAUUGUAGAGGACAGCCAACCAUAUCCCAAUGACACAAAGGGUUACGUUAGCCGUAAUGUCACGACAGGUAACAGUCCACAGCCUGUAAGUGAAGGAGGAUUGACGCACGUGUGGCAUCUGGCAGCCAACACUGUCCUGGUAGCCUUGGCAACCUGUGCAGCCUUAGCUUGUGGUUGUUGUUGUUCAGUGUUGAUGGCGGCGAGUUGGAGAGGAAGGAGGAGGAGGAAAGGGAGAUACCAGACUACGCUAAAAGGCAAGAAGGGCUCCAUGCGCCUCAUCAAAUAUGUCUUUGUUAGGGAGAGCUCGUGAAUCAGGUCCUUCAGAUACCUUUGUCAGAGUUUUCAAUAAAUGCCACUUUUGUUCAACCCUGUUACAUGAUCACAGCUACUUUCAAAAGACAUUUUUCAAAAAUCCACAACCCUCACUACAUUAACUUGCAUAAAGGAACUAUCCAUGAAGUACAUUCAUAAAUGUAUAUACAUUUCUUUUCUGUCCCAAAUUAAAUCAAUAUGGCCAAUAUAGACCAAAAUGACCAAAUGCAGUGAAAGCUUUAACACUUCCAGGUACUGUAACAAUGUUUAUCAGUUACCGGUCAUGCUUGUCCUUAACCAGGACAACGUUAGGAAUAUUACAUCUUAGAAUAUCAGACUCUGACCCAUCAUGAAUAUAAACCACUCAUUUUAGAAAACCAUCCAUCACAUGUAAAGGAUGUAUACUGUGUAUUUUCAGGUCCAUAGUGUCCUAGACUAUAUAAUCAUCCCAAGGCAGUGUUUAGAUUAAAUACCAAACCCUGUUGAGAAACCAAAACCAGCAAAGAAAACUUGAUGUGCACGUUAAGUAGUUUGAUGGGUGCUUCCAAGCAAGACAGCCAACAAGCUCAGUUUUGUUCUAUAAAGGCAGUUGGGCUUUUAAGUGCUAGAACCUGUUACGGGUGGUACAGUCACCUGGGCUUGCUCUAGUUUUUGCUCAAAUGGAAAGAGCCGGAACUUUUUUUUUUUUUGAAGGAGUCGGGUUACUCUUUUCCCAUCACCCACAGAUCAGAGCAGAAACUAAUGGUGCAACUGGGAAUAUUUACCAAAAACUUUGCUUGAAAGAAUUUCUUGAACAAAGGUCUUUGUAGAUCAUGUUGUGUUGUUGGAGUAGGCCGAGUCAUAUUCAUGCAUCAGAAGUUAUGAAUGUUCUGCCAAGCUGGGUGAAAAACAUUUUUAAACAUGAAUCACACACAUUCUUCAUAUUUCACAAUAUACUGUAGGUGGAAUAAGUAAAAACACAAGGAGGCAGCUGAUGUGUUUUGUGAAUGGAAGACAAAUUCAAUUAAAGUUAUUCAUAAUUAAAUACAAGUACAUACAAAAAAAAAAUCUGAAUUUACAGAAAAAGAAUGGUCAGAUGUAUAUAUUUUUCAAGGACUUGGUUUUAUUUGCUGUUAAAAGAGAAGAUAUUUACAUCCCCAAUAACAGACAGGAAUAAAACACAAUAAAAGAGUGAAGGUUCUUGACAGAUGGUACUCAAACUUAAGCCCAUAUGCAUCAAGCAUCUCAAAUUGAUGAUUUAUGAGCAGAUAAAACCACACCAACAGAACUGCAUUAUGCCAAUGUCAGAAAACUAGAAAAGUGGCUCUUUGAUUUAUUUUAUUUAGAUAUUUAGUAGUUUCUUCACUGCCUCUUUGUACUGCUGCAUAUUGCUCUCGGUUUCUCCCUCGUUCUUGAGCUUCGUCACAGAGUUUUUGUACUCCUGCACCUCUGGCCGUCCCAGCAGCUCCUCCUGCGCUCCUCCCUCAUCCUCAGGCUUCUCCUUAAGUGGAUACAUGCGCAGCAAGGUUUCCAGAAUGUUCUUCUGAGAAGGGCUGUCCUCCCAAACGUACUCCUCCAUGUCAGCACGUGUCUUAUCUUUCUCCCACGCCUCCGUUUUCUGAAAUCGAGAAGUGCACAGGAAUAGUGGGUUGGAAUGGUAAAACCAGGAUAACGCAAAAAGCACAUCAUCGAACAGUGGAAGGAGGAGUGAUAAUCCUGGCUGCAAUUCGCCUGUUUCUAGCUUUGCACUGCAUUUCAGAGAAAUCAUAAUUGUAAAAGUUAGAUAUAUGAAGAUCUCGUUCAUCUCUAUAGCCAUCUCACGUGAACCAUAAUGUCACAUUGUCAUACUCUGCGUAUACAAAAGCUGCUUUGUGUUGUAUGUAAAUGCUUGUGUUGUCAUAUGAAAGCUUCUAUUAUUAUUAUUAUUAUUAUUAUUAUUUUUGCUACAACAGUCUUUAACAUCCCUGCUAAUAGAAAGAAAAAAGAGAAAUAGUCCUUCAUUGUGACUUAUCCACUGUGCUUUAGGCAACACUUACAAUAAUUAGAUUUUAUUAAAAUGUUUGUGUUGAGCCUCUGAUUGGAUUAUGUCCUCAAUUAAUGAGCCAGAGCAAUUAGCCGAAAACUGGAUGAUGUGAUUACCCUUUAACUUUAAUGACAGAAAAUAAGGGUUUAGUUAAAGAUGUUACGUGCAUUCUCUUGCUGUUAAAAAGCUGGAACAGCCACAUAGAUUAUAGCAGUGUCUGCUAGAAGUAUAUUAUAUAUAUAUAUAAAAAAAUCAGAAAAUACAUAGGAGCUACAGUGGUGCUUGAAAGUUUGUGAACCCUUCAGAAUUUUCAAUAUUUCUGCAUAAAUAUGACCUAAAACAUCAUCAGAUUUUCACACAAGUCCUAAAAGUAGAUAAAGAGAACCC